ACUUCCACACUCUGCCCUUACAUGGCACGGAGAACUGAACAGAGUCUACAGAUGAAUAUAAAAGCUGCUAGUUCAGAGACAACAUAACCACAACUACAAAUACAUUCACUACAACUACUGCAGAACCACAAGGCUCUUGUCUCUGUAUAAGAAGCUACCAUCCUCCCCAACCCAUCAAAGCACUGCCUGAUUUUGACCUGUGUCGUGAACCUUGCUUGCCAUCAUGUCCGAGAUUAAAAUCAUGGAGGACAAGGCCAAGCUGAAACAGGGCAUAGUGAAGGUGUUUAACUUUGUGUCCAACAUCUCCACUGCUGCAGCUGUGGUAAACCCCAUUUUCGGCCUGGCUGGCUCUCUAAUCCGACUGGUUCUGCAAAUGGUGGACAAUGAAGACAUCCAGAAUCUGAAGAAUGAGUUUGCCUCCAUCAACACUGCCCUGGAUAAGAUGUCCCAGCAGAACGACAGCACCCUGCUACAGAUCAAGAAGAAUACGCUGGACAACCAGUACCUCCCUGUGGAGAACAACCUGCGCAACCAGUUUCGCAAGUUCAUGGAGAUGGUGGAGGCAGGGCCCGAGCACUGCGGGAGCAAGAAGGAUGACUUCAAGGAGAGCUACAUGAACGACCUGGAUGACCAAAACCUGAACACACUCUACGAAGGCGUGGUGGGCAAAAAGGUGUUCAGCGAGUCCAUCCUGGGGGUGUACCUGAAGCACUCCCAGGGCGACCGUGGCACCAUGGUAAAGCUUUGCACGCACCUCAAUUACAUCUUCUACAUCGGCCUGAUUUCCCUCAUAGGAUACACGGCCAUCAUCGAGGACGACGAGGAGGGCAUCAUUGAUGAGUGGACCAAGAAAAUGGAGCAUGUUGAGGAGAGGAUGCAGGAGGCCCUCCAGAAGUGCAAGUGAAGAAGAGGAGAAGGAGAUGUAGAGGCUGCUCCUCUGCUACUUGUCCUCCAUACGUAGGACUCUCUCUGCAUUCCCUCUAUGACCUACACUCUAAAAAAUCAAAUGUAAUUUGACAGAAUAUUCACUGUAAAAUCGUAGAGUAAUUUCAUUUUUUUCUGAAUAAUAAAACAAUUGUAAAAUUGUAA